AGAAUCGACGCGCAGCUAAACUACAUUUACAGUUUGUGUGUAAAUUCGGUUUGUUUGUUUGUUUGAUUGUUUGUUUGUUAGUUUGUUUGUUUCUCAGUCAUGGCUUCGUGCUUAGUGCCAGACUUCCCUGCUGUUAAGGUCGCUCUGGAACAUCUAGGAGACUUAGAUAAGCGGCUGAGGGAGGAAGGCAUGUCAUUCAGUCAAGAAGCAAGUCAUCACCUGAGAGAAAUCGCAGACGCUAUUAAAGAACUGGAGGCGUCCAGAAAAGCAGCUCACGAGGAACUGGAGGUGGAAACAAUUGAAACGAGCAAACUCCGCCAUCAGGUUGUGAGCCAGCGCCAUGAGAUCAUGAAUGAAAUAUUGGCCGGCGUGGCCGCCGCCAGAGAUGUCAACGCAGCUCAGCUGAAUCAACUUCAGUCGGAGAUGAAAAGUGCUGUGGAGGAAAUAGAGUUCAUGGAGAGGAGAAGGAAACUCCUGGAGGAGGAAAAUGCCAUUCUCCUGCCGGAGCGAGAGCUGAUAAAGGCCAGCCGUGCAGAACUCGUCGACCAGCUCAACGAGCAGCUGUCAGAGAAAGCCGACAUGCAGAUCGCUCUGAACGAACUGAUGAACGACAUCCAGACCACAAAGGAGAAGAUCGCUCAGGUGGAGACGGCCAAAAAACAUCUGUCAGACAGCAUGACCCAGGAGAGGAAGAAGUUCGCAGAGACGAAGGAAAUGCUCCAGAAAGAGAUUAACGAAACCAUGAACUCCAUUCAGGAGCAGAAGGACACGAAUGCGAAGAUGCGUAAAGUGCUGGACUCUGUUACAGCAGACCUGAUGGACAAAGAGGAGAAAGUGAAAGAGAAUUCAGAACACAUCUCCCAGCUGGAGAGGAGUAUAGCCAGACUGAGCGCUUCACAACAGACACACCAACAGCAGCUGGAGGACAACAUCAAAAAGUCUGAGGAGCUUGACAGACAAAAAGAGUCGUAUGAGAAAGAGCUGCAAGAGACGAGAGACUCAUUUGAACAGGGAAUUCAGACCCUUCAGGAGAAGACGGCCGAGGUGGAAAAUCAGCUAGAAGAAGGACGGAAGGUGAACCGAGUUCAUCUACAGUCCAUCGCUGAGUUAUCAGCCAGUUUCAGCGCUCAGAGGAAAAAAGAAGACGAUGCCCUAGCAGAUCAUCACAGCCUGUCCAGACAACUGGAAAAGUCCAAGCAGAGGCUCGAUGAGCGAAUUGCAUUGAUCGCCAAGUACAAGCUUGAGGUCAAAGAGAUGGAGAAAGAGAUGAAACAGCUCCAGGAAACCAACAUAGUCAACACAGAGCUGUUUCAGAAGAACCUGAAGGACCUCGAAGGUCAACUAGCCAAAGAGAAGAAGAGCAGAGCAGCGCUCGAGGUGGAGAGAGUUGAACUCUGUCAGUCUCUGGAGACCCUUAAAGAACAGAAUGAACAGCAUGUGAGAGAACUGAGCUCAAACAUAGCAUUAAUGAAGAAGAAAUACAGCGAUCUACAAGAGGAGAGGGAGAAGCUUCAAGAACACGAAGCCAUGAGCUCUUUGAUCGACCAACUCACAGACAUGGUCUCCAGCGCUGAAGAGGAGUGUAAACAGAUGGAAAUCAGUUACUGCACUGAAAUACAACAACUCACUAUGGAGGCUGAAUCAAUCACCAGAGCUCAGCUGGAUCAAGAGGAAGUACUUCAAGUCCAAGAAUCCGUGUUGAAGGAGGCCAAGGUUCAGUUUGACAUCGAACAUUCCAGACAUGAGACGCUUAAACAACAAACAGCUGAGAUGAAGGCCAGAAAAAAUCAUCUUGAGCUGUCCAUUCAGAAGGUGAAAGAACAAACAGCUGCACUCCUUCAGCCGAAGGAGGAUCUGAAGAGGGAGCUGCGGGCUCUGCGGGCCGAGCACAUGGAGGAGCUGAUUAAUCAGGCAGCUGAAAUCAGCGCCGCGGAGAGGAGCAUCUACGAGAACGGACUGAUGUUGGAGCGAGUCAGCAUGGAAAACAGUCGACUGCACCUGAGGAUUGAACAAAUGAAGGAGGAGCUCUGCAGCACAGAGAGAGAGAAGGAGGAGCACUCAGAGCAGACAGGUCCGGAUGAAGGAAGAAAUGCAGUCCCUCUGCAGUGGUCUGCUGGAGGGCUGGGCCUCAGAUAAACUGGCUACUGAGGAAUCUACAGAAAGAGACAAAAAGCUCCUCGAAGCCCUGCAGAGCCUAAUGAUAAAGGUCCAGCAGAGGAAGCAUCACAUCAGAGACAUCAACAGCAGACUGGAGAAGGAGCUAAACGCCAUGAGCUCCAUGUUAGAGAGUGCUAAACACCAACAACAGCAGGCAUAAAGAUCCACACAGCUGGCUGAUGGACAGCCUGGGGUCGUACCUUAGUACUGAACCUGUUUUCCUUCAAAGGGCCCAGAUUCUACACUUUGUAGUGUCUUUCUCCCUGAGGUCUGCAUCUGUGAGGCUUUU